AUGAUACAUGUCAAGCAGCCUCUGGUGCUCUCCGCGCAGAGCAGCAACUGUGCCUCGCCGCUAUUGGCCACCACCACCGGGGCGAGCAGCCGGCAGAGGCAAGCCUCCGGCGCUUCCCGUCGUCUCAAGUCGCACAGGAUCAGCUGUGCAUCGACCGACGACGGCGUCGUGGAGCCGACGUUAACCAAAGAGAGGCAGUUGACAGUGACGGCCAUCAUUACCGCCCAGGCGCGGACCUCCAUGUACGUCUCGCCCGGCCUCGACGACCUGCAGGACCUCUUCGGCAAGAAGCUGCUCCUUGAGCUCGUUAGCUCCGAGCUUGACCCUAGGACGAAAAAGGCAAGUCGGAAAAUAAAGGGGUUCGCGCACAUGACACUCGAAGAAGGGACUUAUGAGGCGAAAAUUUCAAUACCGACGUCGUUUGCACCGGUGGGAGCAGUGCUAUUGGAGAAUGGGCACCACACGGAGAUGUUCAUCAAGGAUAUCAAGCUCAUAACAGGCGGGGACGAGAGCACCAUCGUCACCUUCGACGUUGGCUCUUGGGUGCACUCCAAGCUCGACAACCCCGAACCACGCGUCUUCUUCACUAAUAGAUCGUACCUGCCCUCGCAGACCCCAUUAGGAAUCGAGGAACUAAGGAAGAAGGAGCUAGAGACACUGUGUGGCAACGGCCACGGGGAACGCAAGUUUCACCACCGUGUCUACGACUAUGACACCUAUAAUGAUCUCGGCGACCCUGAAAAGAACAUCGACCACAAACGCCCCGUGUUUGGCAGCGGAGAGCACCCUUACCCUCGCAGAUGUCGUACCGGACGAGCCAUGACCCUCUUUGACCCGAAGACGGAGAAGCGGAGCUCGCCGGUGUACGUGCCACGUGAGGAGCAGUUCUCCGAUGUGAAGGGGAGGAACUUCAGCACGACGACCAUGCAGGCGUGCUUGCAAGCCAUCCUACCAGCAUUGGCACCGCUUCUCAACAACUCAAAGUGCUUCUCGCACUUCACAGACAUCGAUGCCCUGUACAAAGAUGGCAUGCAGCUCCCCAUUGAUGGGGGUGACUCGUUCAACAACAUAUUCAACAACAUUCCCCGUCUCGGACGGAUGAUCAAGGACACCACAGAACAUGUCCUCCAUUUUGAGCCCCCCCAGAUGCAUGAGAGGGACAAAUUCUCGUGGUUUAGAGACGAGGAGUUUGCGAGGCAGACGCUUGCAGGGCUCAACCCUAUGUGCAUCCGCCUCCUCACGGAAUUCCCCAUCGUGAGCAAGCUCGACCCUGUGGUGUAUGGCCCGCCGGAGUCGGCGCUAACAAAGGAGCUCCUCCAGAAGAGGAUGAAGGGCCGCAUGACGGUGGAUGCGGCGCUGGAGGAUAAGCGGUUGUUUCUGCUGGACUACCACGAUGUGUACCUGCCGUACGUGCACAAGGUGCGCAAGCUGCCGGACACGACGCUGUACGGGUCCCGCACCGUCUUCUUCCUCACCGACGAGGGCACACUGAUGCCGCUGGCCAUCGAGUUGACACGGCCGCAGUCGCCGACCAAGCCACAGUGGAAGCGCGCCUUCACGCACGGGCCCGACGCCACCGAGUCGUGGCUGUGGAAGAUGGCCAAGGCGCACGUUCUGACCCACGACAGCGCCUACCACCAGCUCGUCAGCCACUGGCUGCGUACGCAUGUCUGUGUUGAGCCGUACAUCAUCGCCGCCAACCGGCAGCUCAGCCGGAUGCACCCGGUGUACCGCCUCCUCCACCCGCACUUUCGAUACACCAUGGAAAUCAACGCGCUGGCCAGGGAGAGCCUUAUCAACGCGGGCGGCAUCUUCGAGGAGAUAUACUGGUCGGGUAGGUACUCCGUGGAGCUCACCUCCGUCGCCUACGAUCUGACCUGGCAGUUCAACACGGAGGCGCUGCCGGAGGACCUGCUCAGCCGGGGACUUGCCGUGCGCCGGGACGACGGUGCGCUGGAGCUCACCAUCAAGGACUACCCGUACGCCAACGACGGGCUACUGAUCUGGGACGCUAUCAAGCAAUGGGCAUCCGAUUACGUAGAUUUCUACUACAAGUCCGACGACGACGUCACCGGCGACGAGGAGCUACAGGCGUGGUGGGAGGAGGUGCGCACCAAGGGGCACGCGGACAAGAAGGACGAGCCGUGGUGGCCGGUGUGCGACUCCAAGGAUAACCUCGUCCAGGUCCUAACCAUCAUCAUGUGGGUCACGUCCGGCUACCACGCCGCCGUCAAUUUUGGGCUAUACCAAUACGCCGGGUAUUUCCCCAACCGCCCCACUGUUGUGCGGACAAACAUCCCCAUAGAGGAGAACCAGGACGACGAGAUGGAGAAGUUCAUGGCCAGGCCGGAUGUGGUUCUGCUGCAGAGCCUCCCCUCGCAAAUGCAGGCCAUCAAGACGAUGGCGACGCUGUACAUUUUCUCCUCACACUCGCCCGACGAGGAAUACAUGGGAGAGUACGCCGAGCCGGCAUGGCUGGCCGAGCCAGUGGUCAAAGCCGCAUUCGACAAGUUCAGGGGCAGGCUAAAGGAGGUGGAGAGAACCAUCGACGAGCGAAACAUCAACCCAGAGAACAAGAACAGGUGCGGCGCUGGCAUUGUGCCCUAUGAGCUGCUCAAACCGUUCUCAGAGCCAGGGGUCACUGGGAGGGGUAUCCCCAACAGCAUCUCCAUCUGA